AUGUCUGGCGUCCAAAUCAACAUAAAAACGGUCGCGACGCCCGAAGGGCUUAAACAGCUAAAUGAAUUCCUAUCAUACCAUAGCUUCGUCGCUGGAAUCAAAGCCCCUUCAACUGAUGACCUAGCUGUAUACAGGAAACUUGGCAAAGUACCAGAUGCCAAAUCGUACCCGCACAUUGACAGAUGGUACAGACACGUAGCAACAUGGGCACAACACCCACCUACAAACCUUGCUAAAGGGUCGUUCCCCUGUGAAGAGGAGAAGAAAUCUGAUGACAUUGAUUUGUUCGGUGACGAUGAUGAAGAGGAGGAUGAGGCUAUGAAGAAGAAGAUGGAAGCUAUGAAGGCCAGCAAGGGUAAGAAACGCGAGGCAGCUAAGUCAUCCCUUGUUAUUCACAUAGAACCCGCUAGUGUGGAUACCGAUCUUGAUGAGGUUUUGCGCCUUGUUAAGGAAAUCAAACUUGAAGGUGUCACUUGGGGUGCUGCUUCUGCAAAGAUCCCCUUGGCAUACGGUAUCCAGAAACUACAGGUCUCCUGUACUAUUUUGGAUGACCUCGUCAACACCAACGAGAUUACAGAAUUGAUUGAGGAGUUAGGUCUUACUGACGAGCAGAAGGAGCAGCGUCGUCGCAGACAAGAACAAAGCGGUGGUGAAGAAGAGUACGAUGAUGAAGAGGUUGUUGGUUUGGUACAAACUGCCAACAUCGUCUCAUUCAAUAAGCUAUGA